CGUGUAUACGCCGGUCGCCCCUUCGGCGGCAGUAGCAGCCCGGCCACCACGCCGGCGAAUACUUAACACCGCGUGUACGUCUGUUGAAAAUAAUCACGAAAAGCUCGUGCAGUGCGGUGCUUCUUUGUCCCCUUCGACGAAGAUCCUCUGGCCUCGAUGACAUUUUACAAUAUUUCAAAGGUGUGCUUUUAUGGUGGAAAAUGCACGGACUGUACCCUCGAGCCAGCUCGCAACGUGCCCUCCAAGUUCACAGCUAGAAACCAGGUUGCCUCGAAGCUUUCGGAAAGUGAAGUGAUAAGACGAAGCAAGAAUGCCGGCGGAGGUGGCUGCCGUUGAGGUACCGGCGGAAGGUGCCGCCGGACACCCUGCCGAGGAUUCGGACGAACCGCCGGAGGCACAAGAUGCCGCGGGUGCCGCCGGAGGCACCGGGGGACGGGGCGGCCUCAUGAAACCUCUCGUAGUUCUCGCACUGCCCGGGAUGUAUUUGUUCUACAAAUACAGCCAGUACAGGCGCGAACAACGCGAACUAUCGCGACGAAGAGUCACCGAGAGGGAGUUGCAGCACCUGCACCAUAAAAUAGACAAACUGUUGACGAAACUUGAAGAAAAUGAGCCGGAGUUGGCGUCCUCCCAAGAAGACGAGUGCGUCAUAUGCGUGAACGCGAGAGCAUCGAUGCAAACAGCGCCAUGUGGACAUCGCGUAGUCUGCAGACGUUGUUUCGUAAAGACAAUACAAAUGGCCGUCUCUCAGCGGCUGUUACCACUGAGAUGUGUCAUAUGCAGAGCAAAGAUUCUACGUUUAAAGCAGACUUUGAUCCCUCGGGACUAUUCGAUGUCCGGGAAAUCUUGGGUCCUCCCGCAAAGCGCCUCGGCUUACAGCAUGGGGGCUUCCGUGGCAGGAAGUGCUGCUUCGGGACCUGGGGGACGAUGGGGUCCCGCCAGCGUACCUCCAUCGGCAUCGCUUUAUUCGAUGGCCAGUGGUUCUUCCUCUCUUUCAGGGGUGUCUUCCGUAUCUUCAGCCACUUCCGCGUCUACCAGUAGCUCGGGGAUUUCCACAGGGAAACCGAAUAGGCUUAGACAGCCAACAGGGGCAACGCUUCGCCGCUCCCAAACCCAAUCGAUGAAACUCCGAAUCCAGGAAUAUCAAGACCCUAUACAACAGGUCCCGGAGGAAGAUGAAAUAAUAAGAGAAAAUCGAGAAAGACGGUUACCUCCAAUCAAAGAGUUCCAACGAGAUUACCGCGCCGGUAAAGCAUCCACCAGGAUACGAUGUGCGCAGAAAAUAGUUACGCAGUUGGAAGCCUCGCCGUCACCCCGAAGUCCGCCAAAUGUACCAACGGGUACAGUUAUAACACCUCGUACCGCGGAUGUUGUUCCCCCAGUAUCGGCAAGAUCGUCGACAAAAUCAGGUAAAAAAUCACCGUCGUUACCCAAAACUCCGAUGACGGUCGCUCAGGAGGUUCAGAAAACUAAAAAAGAAAAGGAACGUGAGAAGGAAAGAGAGAAGGCGGAAAAGGCAAGGCAAAAAGAAGAGGAGAAGGCGGAAAAAGCGCGGCAAAAAGAGGCGAAAAAAAUGGCCAAAGAGGAGAAAAAAAGAGCAAAAAAAGAGGCAAAAGCCAGGCGAAAGGAGACGGAAGAAGCUCUGUUGAGAGACGACAAGUAACCUUGCUCCCGCUGACAACUAAAUAAGUAGAAAAAUAAUGCCUAGCAUGAUUUAGCCGAUAGCGAUAUCACGUGCGAUUAGCCAUAUGAAGAGAAGGGGGGGAGGGAAAAAAGAAGGGAGAGUGUAAGAAAUUGAGCCAUUUUUGACGUGUAACGAAUGUCAUCUCUGUUUUUCUGACGGGUGCUCAGAUUAACGGUUGAAAAGAUUCAAGAGCGCGUGUAAUUUUCAUGGACGCUUGAGCUUGGCGAGAAUGAAAUUUCGAGGUGCGACAAACAGAAAAAGGAAAAGGGAAUAAAAAAUGUAAUGAAUAAAAAUAAAAAAAAGACAUUCUGGGUAAUUGAGUGAGUCUACUUUGUUGCCGCGUAUGACUCCCUCAUUGUCCGAAGGGUUUUACUUGUGCCAACAACGAAUAGAACGUGGAAGGGACGUGAGAAAUUAUGAAAAUUUGUUGUCUUUUAUCGACCCGAUCAGUUGAGGCAACGCUGCUUCCGUGAUGAUCAAUUGAAUAUGAAUAUUAACGAAAUUGAGUCACCGAUAAGUUUAGGUAAAAUGAUAAUGAACACGCUAGGAUGAGAUUGUGCAGGAGAGCUAUGAGAAAAAUAAAAUAAUUGAAUAAGUUAUAUUAAAAAAAUAUUAUAAAUAAUA